AUGCCUUUCAAGCCUUUCGCGCAUCUCGCCAGAGUCAGUCUCGCGAAAGGCAUUGGCCACACCUACGCACCCUCCGUCGUCGCUGCGCCCACCACACUUGGCCUUGGGAACCAGCCCACGGUCGCAAAGUUCACAAAGGGAGCACAUCUCCAGCAGUCCUUCGCAUCUACAUCCGGGUCUUCAGGCGCAGGCGCUAAGACCGGUCAUGCUACCUCCAACGCCACUGGUGGUGAUGGCGGUCUUGCGCAGUACUGGGCGGCCUGGCAGCAUGCUCAGCAGACAGGAGAUGACUCAGACUACAAGCAGCAUUUAAAGGCGCGUACAGUAACAUGGAAGCCGAAGGAGGACAAGGCUCCGCAACGCCUCGAAUCGAUCCGACCUGUCGACCUUCUUCGACCCUCUACGAGACCUGUGCCCAGCCGAGUCCAGAGUGAAAGCGCACUCUACGAUGCAAAGCUGGUUGAUGGCAGUGCAAUCGAAGCAGCGGCGGAAAGAGCAGUAGAGAUCGAAGAGCUCAAAUCAUCGCUACCCCUGGGCGCAGAGUUUGUCAUCGAUGAAGAUGUUGGCACACCUCUCGUCAGCACUCGUGCUGCGAGUCCUGUCCACAACGAUUCUAUCGCUUCAGAGGGGUCUCAAAUUCAUACUCCACCCACCGAUGCCACCUCGGCUGUGUCGAUAGAGGUCGAUUCACUUUCUGACAGAAUUGUUCAGCUUGGCCAGCAGCGUCGACAUGCCGAGAUCCCAACUGUCUUCCAAUCAAUCGUCGAGCAGGGCUCGACUCCGUCCGUCGAUGCCUACAACCACAUCCUCAUUUCGGCUAUCCUCUCGGCUACGGAGUAUCAGCCAUGGCCGAAGGCUCUCGCCAUCUGGAACGAUAUGAAGCUGCGAUCAGUGCAACCCAACGCUGCUACAUUCGGCAUCCUGAUCGAGUUCUUGGCUAGCACCACAUUAUCGGUACAGUGGACACAGAAACGCCUAGACCAACGCGCUGCCAGGUAUGGCUCUACGACGCGGCCGUUCGUCUUCCAGUCUGUGGCCGACCAACAGCAGAUCUUCGCCGACGACGUGUCCCUUGCAUUUGCGAACACAUUCUACAGCAUUGCGAGGAGUACCAGCAAGAACUUCUCUCUUUCCGCCGCGGUCUACAAUAGCAUGGUUCAGGCGUGCGCCCAGGCAGGUCUUCUCGAGCAAGUCACAACUCUGCUUGGGGACAUGAAGACCAACGAGGUCCGCAUCGAUCCUCGAAAUUACACGACUAUCAUCGAUGCGUAUGCAAAGGGUGAAGACGCCGAGGCUGCUCAGAAGGUAUAUGAACAGUAUCGCUCAUAUGCUAUCAGAAGAGCGGCCAAUGAUCCUCAAGACAUGGAAGUCUAUGCAUCGCUGAUCAGAGCAUACUACUCUGCCGGCCAAGCCGAGACAGGCCUGCAGUUCUACGGAAAAAUUCUUGAGUCUUUCCGCGGCUCCGCAGAUGAGCAGUUGCUCUCGCAGAGCUUAACUGCUGCAUUUGUGCUCAGCGGCCUGGUCCAGCAUCACAUCAACUCGCGCGCUUUCGAUCUGGCCGCGGCAGCCGUUGCUGAUUAUGCAACCGACUCCCGAGUCAGAGAACAGGCCUUCAGCAAGGUAGCGACCGCCGCAGCAGACGCGAAUGCGUCGAGCGAUGCGACGAAGACAUACGCCCUAAUCAAGACACCUGAAGCUAAAUCUGAGCCGUGUAUGGCGAUAGCUGCGAUGCAUCUUCGUGGAAGCAAUGUCGAUGCUGCACGUGCCGUCUGGAGUGAGGCUCGUGGACUCCAUGUGCGACCUACCACGGACUUCGCCACCAUGUACGCCACGGCUCUCAUUCGCAAUGGCAUGGUUGACGAAGCCAUCUCUGAAGCUCGUGCUAUGUUUGAAGCUAUCAGACUGUCGGCAACCACAGAGGCAACUCGGCGAAGCGCUACAGCCGAAAUUGACGAGGCCUUCGCACUGUUCGGAGAGGCCCUGCACAAGACCCAAGCCAACGUCUCAGCCCAGGCCAGUGUUCAAUUACUGCGUGCAAUGAUCGAGAAUGGUGGCCUGGUCUCACCUAUCGCCGAACAUGCUGUCGCUAGUCUGCAGCCUGACUGUGUCCACCAGCUCAGUGCUCAAGACAUCGGUCUCGCACUUCAUGUUCAGGCUCAGAUCUUGACACUUGAUCAGUCUAUUGGCAUGGAUGCAGCUCACAUCCAGCGCUUCGCUCAUUUGGUCGAGACCGUCAUAACUCGCAACAUUCCAUUGGAUCCGUCGACGCCCUUGGUAGUCGGUGAAACUCUGCCACAACUCUCCUCGCUGAGGCCCGAUCUUGAGUCUAGGUGGCACUUGUACCGACAUCCUGCCCCUCGCUCGAUAGAGACUGUCCCAACGACGCCUGUCAUUCCUCAUGCCGGCUUCGUACCACAAUCUCCUGUUGUGGACUCAUAUGAUCCUUACGGCCAAUUGACGGAUUUCCGAGCAUCGAAGAUCAUCUCAGAGAUGCUUGAAAGCAAUGCUGGCAGAAUCGAGUCGCACCUCAGUGACGCCCUGGCUCGCCUUCGAAACGUUCGACGAGCUGGUCGCCAUCUGCACUACACUGCGUACGGGAAGCUUCUUACAGCUGCCGGUAAGGCUAGACAGGUCCAUAAGAUCGCCGACAUCCUCGCGAUGGCGCAGAACGAUACUCCGUUCCUACCCGAGAUUCAGGCAGUCCGGGCUGGAUGGGUCGGUAUCUUUGAUUCUGCCAUUGCUGCGUACCUGACUGCUGGAGAUCGACAGACCGCUGCCAAAUACCACCAGCAAUUGCUUGAUCUGGGCGCUGCGCCAUCAGCUAACACUUUCGGGAUCUACAUCACGACUCUUGAAGGCACAUUUGAUGAGGCAACUGAGGCUGUCAAGAUCUUCCAGCGUUCUGUUGCAGAAGGCGUGACUCCCAGCGUCUUCCUCUACAACGCCGUCAUCGGAAAGCUUGGCAAGGCCCGCCGAAUUGACGACUGUCUUCGAUAUUUCAGCGAGAUGCAGAGCCUUGGCAUGAAGCCCUCUUCUGUGACCUACGGAACACUCGUCAACGCCCUCUGCCGCACAAGUGAGGAGACGUUCGCUGUUGAGAUGUUUGACGAGAUGGAGGCCGCCCAGAACUACCGACCGCGCCCGGCUCCUUACAACUCUAUCAUCCAAUACUUUCUCAACACCAAACGUGAUCGCAGCAAGGUUCUCGAGUACUACGAGCGCAUGAAGAGUCGCAACAUCAAGCCCACUUCUCACACCUACAAGUUGCUGAUCGAAGCUUACGCCUCCCUCGAGCCAGUCAACCUUGAUGCUGCGGAGGCUGUUCUGAUCGAAAUGAAGCAGGCUAAUGUGCCACCGGAAGCUGUCCACUACGGCACGCUUAUCCACGCCAAGGGCUGUGUCACCCACGACAUGGCAGGUGCCCGUGCUAUUUUCGACUCGAUUGUUUCCACGGGUGCCAUCAAGCCAACGGACAACCUUUACCAGAAUCUUCUAGAAGCAAUGAUUGCCAACCACCAAGUUGACCAGACCCCGGAAGUACUCGAUGACAUGGUUGCUCGUGGAGUUCGCAUGACGCCUUACAUUGCCAACACCCUGAUACAUGGCUGGGCGGGCGCCAAUAACAUCGAGAAGGCCAAAUCCAUUUUCAACGACCUUGGUGCAGAUAAGCGCGAGCCUAGCACAUACGAAGCCAUGACACGUGCGUACCUAUCGGCCGAAGACCACGAGAGCGCGAACGGUGUCGUGCAGGAGAUGCUCCGCAAGGGCUACCCUGCCGCUGUCUCGGAAAAGGUGCUGGCCUUGCUGGGAAGCAGUCACGCCUCAUCUUGA